AUGGAGCUCAAGGCCAUGAAGAGGUACACCAUCCCAGGGAACCUGGCUGUCUUCCCCUAUCUGACCAUGGGGCUGUUGGCUAUUGUCUGGUUCUUCACUCACUGGUACUUUGUUUAUGAAGCCACCUCCACCAAGCACACUCAUGAUAUGUACAAAAAGCUUCUCAUCUCCUUGGUGACCUUGCUAUUCAUUGACUUUGGAGUUCUCUUCCUGUUGCUCUGGGUUGGCAUCUACAUAUGA